AUGGCGGGCAUUGAACAGGUCGUAACUGUUCGUUAUGUAAGAGAGCUUGUUGAAGAGCAGGAAAAAACACAUAGAGAAGUAAGUGACAUUUUAAGGCAACAGCAUCCUGGAGUGCAAGGACUAUCCGAGAGAAGUGUCCGCCGGUACUGUGCUACGAAUGGGAUACGACGUCAUGAUUCCCAUUUAACUCGUGGAGCUGUCGAUGUGGUGGUGGCUUCUGCAGCUGCUGAGGUGAGGGUACAUGUUUUUAACAUUUUUAGUUUUGGAUUCGUAAGCUAUACGAUAUCCUUCCUUGUAGCAAACGUUUUAAGGUUUGCUAAAAGUUGUGAACUUGUCGUUUUGUUCACCUGUGUAGCGUCACUUGAGGCAUCACACAACGGUCGUCGCUAAAUGAACAAGGAAUGCGUUACUUUUUUACUCCCAGUUCUGGAACUCCCUGCCCUAGCAUACCGUAUUUCCUCGAAUAAUAGCCGAGGCCGAUUAUUUCUUUUCCUCACACAAAAAGGGGCCGAUUAUUCGAGGGAGGCGAUUAAUCAUGGGACGGUUAUUAUUUGAGGAAAUACGUUAUUAGAACACCAAAAAUAACGUUACAUUUAAAUGUUGACUAAAGACUUUCUUAUUUGUGAAGGAGUGUCUUCUUUGCUGUUUGAUUUUUUUGUUGCCUCUCCUAUUUGACCAAGCAUUGACUUGCAACCAUGAAUACAUUUUCGCACGGGAAAUGUAAGCUUUGAUUCUUGAUUGUGCUAACUUAUUGGUAGCUCGUAUUUCCGUUUUGCUUGAAAAUGGCGAGAGCGGUUAAGGCUGUAUUGGUCUCUCUUUGCGUCAAUGUCACGCAACAAACGCCAAGUGGUUUAUUGACUAAAUGGCCCGGGGGGGUACUGCCAUAUAUGGGCUAUAUAGGUAUGUGCCGCUGUGAAGGGUAUGGUUUUCAAGCAGUUUACUCUAGGAUAGGGUAUAUAAAUCAGAGCGUUUGGCUCUAGAAUAGGGUAUCAUUUUUCAGGAAACUGAUCAGUUGAUUGAAGAUUUUAUCUAGACUAGGCACACAGCUACUCUAGGAUAGGGGGAUUUGGGGAGUUUACUCUAGUAUAGGGUAGCAAAAUUCAACUGAACUAGCUCUGGUAAAGGUUAAGGGUUCCAGGCCCCCAGCGGCACAUCCCCACCCAGAAAUUCCUAAAGUGCCCCCCGGGCUAAAUGGCCGAUUCAAUAUAUUUUUUUAUACUUAAACAAAGGUUUUUAAUCGUAAAGGUUGGUGCUACAUACGGAAGAAAGAUGAUGACUGGCCACAUCAAGCAUUCGACAGGCUUGCGACUGGCAGUAAACAGAGUUGGGCAGGCACUUAAACGCGUUAAUCCACGCCAGCACCAUGAACGACAGACAUCGAUUACCCGCCACUUAAACCCUGUUCCAUACUAUGCCCAAUACUUUGGACACAAGCUCCAUCUUGAUCAAAACGAAAAGCUUAUUCGUUAUGGCGUGACAGAGGUUAUAGCAGUAGAUGGCUAUAGUUCCUUUAUAACUGCUACAUGGGUAAUGCCAUUGAAAAAUAAUAUCACCAUCUACAGAGAUGUGUUCAGGUUAGCUCCGACAUAAAUAUAUAUUAUUUGCACAUUUUGCAGGUUCGAAAAACCCUCAAAACUUCGCACUUGAAUUAAAAGGUACAAUUUAAUGAUACUUCAUCCACUUGUUCUAGUAUUAGGGAAACCAUACUACGUCAUGGUUUGUUUGACCAAGUGAGAGUGGACCAUGGGAGGGAAUUUUAUUUAGUGCUGACGGUUCAGGAUCACUUAAAGGAGUUACGGAAUAAUACAUCUAGACAGCCGUACAUACAAACACAGUCAAAGCAGGUACGUGGUAAUAUAAAGGAGGGGAGAAAUGAACCGGUUGUUUUCUAACGUGAUCCGUGGGCAUGGACCUGAAAAACCCAAUUUUCGCAGGUUUUCUAAACAAGGUGUUAAAGAAAAUAAAACUCCUUAAGAGCAGGUUGGAAACCUGACGUUUUCAGUGCUAGCCCGUCGUCAACAAUAACUUUAGGCUGCAAGUCCUCCGUGACAAAUUCUUGCCUAGGAGGACCUGGGACACAGGAUUUGAAGUCCUAGAUUUUAGGAAUUCCGGUUAUUUCCUAUUCAAAAGUAAGUUGGAGGAUUCUCUUUUAAUAGCUUUGAAUCACCUAAAUUAACAGGCUUUGACACUUCGGAAAGAGCAAGCGAACGCUAUCAGAAACGUUGCAGAAAAUCAGAAAUGACCCGGAAAGCCCUAAAAUCUAGGACUUCCCAUCCUCGGAGGCCAAGGGGCAGAUAAAGGGGUCGAAGGAAAGUCUAAACGGGCGGAAAAAUAUAUAUGGAACGAAGAAAAGUAAAGAACGGCGAGAAGAGCCCCUGGGGACAAUGUCUUACCAGACCAGUUCCAAACGGUCGCCGCUGUUCUGGCUUCUGAUUGGUGCCAGAAAAACACAAAGUUUUCUGGCACCAAUCAGAAGCCAGGACGGCGGCGACCGUUUGGAACUGGUCUGGUAAGACAUUGUCCCCAGGGGCUCUUCUCGCCGUUCUUUACUUUUCUUCGUUCCCUAUAUAUUUUUCCGCCCGUUUAGACUUUCCCUCGCCCCCUUAUCUGCCCCUGGGUCUCCGAGUAUGAGGACUUCCGAGACUCCUGACCCUCGUGCUCAGGCCCCCAGGAGUCUUUGGCGAGUCUAGUAUUGAUAAGUAUUUCUUUUACUAUUAUAAUUCUUAAUAAGAGAACCAUGCUGUGGAACGGCUCUGGGUAGAGGUUAACUGUCGCACAAACUAUCCUAUAAAGAGAGCACUCGUUCAAAUGGAAAACGAUGGUGUCAUUGAUAUAGAGGAUGAAGUAACAAAGUUCUGUGUCUCUUGGGUGGCGAAGAAAGUAGUGGAAGUAGGACUGAGCUACGUGGUCAACUCAUGGAAUUCACACUCCAUUCCAGGUAAGGAGUCCUACUGUAAAAAAAAUCUAUAGCAAUAAAAAAAAAUAGCAAUAUUAAAAACAGACUAAAAUCAUAAUGUUCCAUUGGAUGAAACGCACGUUCGCGUACGGCUCAGCUAUUGCUGUUAAGUCGUUCGACUAUUUCGUUCGCUUGGCAAGUGAGUUGGCAAGCGAUAACCCAUUGAUACACGGGACAUUUUUAUAACCCGCGUGGGGAAUUCUCUCUGAAAUGAAAUAAGGAUAACCCUUCCGGAUUAGUCAUACUACAUCAAAAAGUAGAAUACAAAUGUGAAUGCGAUUGUCUACAGAUCUCAAACCGCCGAGACUUCCCUUAUAAGCGGAUAGCUAAUAUCUAAGUAUGUCGACAGUUUAGUCCAGAAGAAUAGUCGCUGAGAUCUUUAACUGACACCAACUUACUUUAAAAUUGCGCAGGUAAAGGUGUUCCACUACAACGACGAUGUACUAACAACAAGGCCGCUCCAGUUGACGGCAAUGUAGUGCCAACAGUCGAAGCAGCUGUGCAGAUGUUUCGCGGCGAUUUGACUCAAGAACACUUCUUUGGAGGGGAUCCUUUGGCGGCCAAUAUUUCAAAAGCAUUUGCCAGAGAAAGAGAGUUCACAAAAUACUUUCCGAGUUUCAAAGUAGCGUUUAAUGAAAUUGCCAAUACGAACUAUAACCCUUUCCAAGAUGCUGUACUGUACUUUUUGCGGCUCACAAAUUAUCUCGCUCGCGCUUAA